UUGUAAAUUCAUCACGAGGUUAUGAUAAUCUCUUGGACUAUCGCGACACAAAAGCUUAUUUCUCAGGAAGAUCAUACCAUGUCGUAAGGCUGGAGAUGGAUGUAAAGCUACAAAGAAAGAAAGUCAUUUUUCAGGUUUAUGGUAGGCUGCGGUAGAUGCGAUGAUUGGUUUCAUGGCGAUUGUGUUGGACUGAGUCUUUCUCAAGCACAGCAGAUGGGUGAAGAAGAUAAAGAAUAUGUGUGUGUGAAAUGCUGUGCUGAAGAAGACAAAAAAACAGAGUCCUUGGAUCCAAACCUACAGGAUCCUCACGUGAAACAUGAAAUCUAUAAAGAAGAAAGACCAACGGAAAGUGAAAAACCUGGAGUGUCAAAGCAAACACCUACUUGUAAUGUAAGCAUGACUGAGAAAAUGAGGCAAGCAGAGGACACAGUGAAGCACAAAGUCAAAAUUUUUAGAAGGGAAUCUGGUGAGGGGAAAAACUUGCCAGAAUGCAGAGACUCAGAUGGUAAAAAAGGGCAGCAUAUUCCUACUCGGAAAGCAUCCCAGGCUGCUAUACCUCCUCGUAGGUCCUCUGAGGAUAAGAACGAAAAAGCAAAUAAAGAGUCCCCUAGUGCGAUUGAAAAGUCUACAAAAUCAGGUGUUCAUGAGAAACAAGAAAUUAAGAAAAAGAAAAUUGAAAAAGGAGGAUCAAGUAGUACAACACAUUUGCCAGCUGUGUCAGCAUCGAAACCUUCUGCUGAUCAGAUAAGACAAAGUGUCAAACAGUCUCUUAAAGAAAUACUCAUGAAAAGAUUGACAGACUCCAGUUUAAAGAUACCUGAGGAGAGAGCAGGAAAAGUUGCCACAAGGAUAGAAAAAGAACUCUUUUCUUUUUUUCGGGACACUGAUUCAAAGUAUAAGAACAAAUACAGGAGUUUAAUGUUCAAUCUGAAAGAUCCAAAAAAUAACAUAUUAUUUAAAAAAGUACUUAAAGGAGAGGUUACUCCAGACCAUCUAAUAAGAAUGAGCCCAGAAGAACUGGCAUCCAAAGAACUGGCUGCCUGGAGACAAAGAGAAAACAGACACACAAUUGAAAUGAUUGAGAAAGAACAGAGGGAAGUUGAAAGAAGACCUAUCACAAAAAUUACUCACAAAGGGGAAAUAGAGAUUGAGAGUGAAACACCAAUAAAAGAACAAGAAGCUAUGGAAAUUCAGGAACCUAAUACGCUGAAGUUGUUUGAGAAGACAGAGGAAGCUGAAAAAGAUAAAGAAGGAAAUGAGUCUACAUCUCCAGACACCACAAGUCAACACAAAAAUCACCUCUUUGAUCUUAACUGCAAAAUCUGCAUAGGCCGAAUGGCACCACCUACUGAUGAUCUUUCUGCGAAAAAAGUGAAAGUGUCUGUUGGAGUUGCACGGAAGCAGUCAGACAAUGAAGCAGAGAGCAUUGCAGAUGCACUUUCUUCAACAUCAAGUAUUUUAGCUUCAGAAUUAUUGGAAGAUGAUAAACAAGACUCAUCAAAAUCACCAUUCUCAUCUCUCCCAAGAUCAGAAACACCUGGUACUGUGGAAAGCGAAACCCUGUUUCUGGCACGCCUGAAUUUCAUCUGGAAGGGUUUUAUCAACAUGCCUUCUGUGGCAAAGUUUGUCAUUAAGGCCUAUCCAGUCUCUGGCUCUUUUGAGUAUUUAACAGAGGAUUUACCAGAUAGUAUUCAAGUAGGUGGCAGGAUAUCUCCUCACACUGUCUGGGAGUAUGUGGAAAAAAUUAAAGCCUCAGGGACCAAGGAAAUCUGUGUAGUUCGCUUUACGCCUGUCACUGAAGAGGAUCAGAUUUCCUAUGCUUUGCUGUUUGCCUAUUUCAGCAGCAGAAAACGUUAUGGAGUAGCUGCCAAUAAUAUGAAGCAAGUGAAAGAUAUGUAUCUCAUCCCUUUAGGUUCUUCAGAUAAAGUUCCACAUCAUCUUGUGCCUUUCGAUGGGCCUGGGAUUGAAAUACAUCGACCAAAUCUAUUACUAGGAUUGAUAAUUCGACAGAAAAUGAAGAGGCAGAUUACUGCUGUCAGUAGUAGCUUUGUGGAUGAAGUUUCUGAAAGCACCUUGAGUAGCUUGCCACCAGAGAAGAAAAGCAAGCCAAACAAGCCUGAAGUCUCUCAUAAUGAAUUGGCAUUAGAAGAAGAAGAAGAAAAUGAUUUUUUCAAUUCCUUCACAACUGUGCUACACAAGCAGAGAAAUAAAUCUCAGCAGUCUAAUAUAGAAGAUGUACCUGCAGUUGUUGAACCUUUAGUGGAAAGUACCAAACAUGAACCACCAAAGCCUCUGCGAUUCCUUCCCGGAGUCCUGGUUGGAUGGGAAAACCAACCUUCUACUCUGGAGCUAGCAAAUAAACCACUGCCAGUGGAUGAUAUUCUUCAAAGCCUGUUGGGUACCACAGGGCCAGUAUAUGAACAGAGUAAGACAGAAGUGAGUCCCAGCGAAGACAUACCAUUAUUAAAUGAACAAGCAACCUUGAAAGAAGAAAAUAUGGAUAUAGAUGUUGCUGAUGCAACUGCUGAAGUUGGUGAAACAAAUACGAGCUUAGAAGGUCUACAGGAAUCCCCUAAUGCUACUGUAACAGCGGAUGCAACAACCGUAGCGACCUCAAGUUCUGCAAAAAGUGUUGGAACUUUGAUGGGCCUUAGUCUGAAGGGAAAACCUCCAGAUGUUUCCACAGAAGCAUUUUUAGCAAAUUUAUCUGCUCAGUCGCAGAAAAAAGAAAUGGAAGAAAGUAAAGAUGAUGAUCCAAAGUUGCAAUUACAUGACAAGGAGAAUGUUGGACAGGAAAUGAAAAAGACCACAAAUUCUAGUGUCUCUUCUCCUUCAUCAAAUGCAGGGAAAAAAGGCAAUGAAAACAGUGUUAAUGUAGGCUCUGCUGAAACUACAAGUACUAAUACCUCUAAAUCUCCACUGUUUAUUAAUCUCAAGAGAGACCCACGACAGGCAGCUGGACGAAGCCAACAGACUAAUGCUUCAGAAAACAAGGAAGGAGAUGUUAACAGAAACGAGGACCGACAAAAUGUUUCAGGAAGUGAUCAAAUGGAAACAGAGAAUAAACAGUCUCCUGGAGAAAAAGGCUUAAACCUGUGCCAAGGUGAUGCACAAGCAAGUGAGGUGCAUUAUAGUUCAACUGCAACGAAAGCAGAUAAUGUUUGCACCUCACAAGCAGAGGAUACCAAGAACUUGCAGGAAGAUACCUUGAUGCAAAACAUUGAAACAGUGAACUCAUUUAGAAGAGGACCAGCAACAACUUCAUCUCAGCUUGAACCAGAAAAUUCUUCUCGUUCUGACUUUAUUUCCAAGAUCCCAAACCCCAUUACAAGUGGCACCUUCUCAUCAGUUAGACCUCCACAGCACAAUUUUCAGCAUCCUAAAUCUAACGCACCUGGAUUUCAGUUUCAGGGUCCUACACCUCAUAACUUUCCUCCACAGAACAGCCCUAUGUUUGGAUUUCCUUCUCAUUUGCCACCUCCACUUCUUCCUCCUCCAGGCUUUGGCUUUCCUCAAAAUCCAAUGAUGCCAUGGCCACCUGUAGUUAACUUGUCAGGUCAGCCACCACACUAUACCGGACCCAUGGCACAAGGGCUACCAGUGGCUCACAAACAGUCAAGAUUUUUGGGGCCAGAAAAUUUUUUUCAAAGUAAAGAUAGCAGGAGACCAGAAAGACGUCACAGUGACCCUUGGGGCAGACAAGAACAGCUUUUGGACAGAGGUUUCAGUAGAGGAAAAAGUGAUCCACAGAGGCAAAGGUUCUAUAGUGAUUCCCAUCACCAAAAGAAAGACAGACAUGAAAAAGAGUGGGACAACGAAAAAUACUGGGAGCAAGAUGCAGAAAGAAACAGGCGCCGAGACAGAAACCAGGAAAAAGAGAGAGAGAGGAAGAGUAGAGAGGAGGGACAUAGAGACAAGGAAAGAUUGCGACCUCCACACAAUGACAGGGCUUCUGAUGGAAAAUGCCCCAAAGAGACUAGAAAUCCAGAAAAAAAGACCGAUAAGCCUAAAACUGAAGAGCAGGCUCAUGAAAAGGAUAAAGAGAGGGAGAAGAGUAGAGAGAAACAUAGAGAACGAGAAAGUGAAAAGAGCAGAGAUAAACAUAGGGACCACAGCGACAGAACUAAAAACAAAAGGUAAAAAAGAUGCAGGCAGUCUUUCAAAAAAU